CGGGCGCCUACUCCGUGGCCGAUGAGUUGUCCCCCCGGCCUCGCCCGCGACGUCGACGCGUGGUUCCCCGGUUCCUUCCUUCCAAAGCCUUCUCGUCUUAUCGGUUUGCCGCGGAUCCAAUGCCACCACCGUCUCCGUAUCCAAACCUGUGCCGCGGCGAACGUGCAACAGCCGACGAACGAGCCGAGCCGCGUGCGCUUCAGUUUGAGCAACCGUCGCAGGCUCGCGGCAACAGCUGACGAGCAGAAGAUCUCCGCCUUCGCCAUUUCCUCCUCCGCACUUCCCUCUCUCGAUUCUAUCCACGGAGAACAAAAGGAAAGCGCGACCGACUAGCAAAGCAAGCGAAUGCGCCAUGGCUUCCGCCUCCUCAAACGCCAAGCAGAGCUUCUACCCCGAGGUGGAUCGAUCUCACCCCGACCUCAACACCGCCUUCCUCUCCGCCCCCGCCACCGCGGCCACGGGCACCUCCCUUUACCCCACCGUCGACCCCAAUAAGCUCGCCGAGAACCUCUUUCCUGAGACGGCCGAGGACGACGCCGCGCCGCCGCCGCCCACCACCGAGGAGACCCUCGUGACCGUCCCAGGUGCGCAGCUCCACCUCGUCGACCCUGACCGCAGCCUCAACCUCGGCGCGGGCACGCUCUCCAUCAUCCGCCUUCGCCAGGGGGACCACUCCGUCGCCAUCCUCGCGCGCCUCAACCCCCAGAAGCCCCAUCAGCGCUGCGGCCUCUUCCGCCUGUUUAGCAGCGGGCGGUCCGGCGAUGGCGCCGAGCAGGAGUCCGUCCAGUGGCCGCUAGCCCGCGACGUCGCAGCGGUCAAGCUCGACCCCGCGCACUACUUCUUUUCGCUCCAUGUUCCGCACACGGACCACGACGACGACAAGGAUGACGCGGUGGAGGCGGAGGGAGAGGCGGCGCUGAGCUACGGGCUCACGGUCGCCGGGAAAGGGCAGGAGAAGUUCCUGGAGGAGCUGGACAGGGUCCUGGAGGAGUACACCACCUUCUCUGUGAAGCAGGUGGAGGCGGCGGCGAAGGAGAAGUCGGAGGUGAUGGACGCGAGGGCUGUGGCGGAGAUCACGCCGGAGGAGGCAGUCGGGGACAAGAAGGAGGUGAUGGAGGAGCAAUCGGCGGUGUUCUGGACGACGAUCGCGCCGAACGUGGACGACUACAGCUCGUCUGUGGCGAGGCUGGUCGCGCGGGGUUCGGGGCAGCUGGUGAGGGGAAUCAUCUGGUGCGGGGACAUCACGGCGGAAGGUCUGCGGCGUGGGGAGGAGGUGGUGAAGAAGAGUGUGGGGCCAAGCGGGAAGCCGGCGCAGGUGAAGCCGAGCACUCUCAGGAGGAUGAAAAGGGCUAGGAGGGUUACAAAGAUGUCCAACAGAGUGGCAAAUUCAAUCCUCUCUGGUGUUCUAAAGGUCACAGGCUUUGUUACAAGCACUAUGUUGAACUCCAAACCAGCACAAAAGUUCUUCAAACUGAUGCCUGGCGAAGUUAUUCUUGCUUCACUUGAUGGAUUUGGGAAAAUAUGGGAUGCUGUAGAGGUGUCUGGCAAGAAUGUGAUGCAAACAUCAUCAGUUGCGACAACUUCAGUUGUAACGCACAGAUACGGCGAGCAAGCAGGAGAGGCGACACACAAUUACCUCCACGCCACAGGAAAUGCUCUCGGAGCUGCAUGGGCUGUGUUCAAGAUUAGGAAAGCAUUCGACCCCAAGGGCAAUAUGAAGAAGUCGUCCAUGGUCAGCUCAGCAGCGCACGCCGUAGCUAAAGAAUCAAUAACCAGGCAAAAGAGGAAGUGAGCCGACGUGGUCGACGGUUUACUGUAUUCGUAGUGUAAUUUGUUGUUGUUGUUAUUGUCUUCCGCCAGUUAGUAAGGUAUCGCUUGUGAGUUGUGGCUGUUGUCAUGAUGCUUUUGAUCUUUCUUCCUCUCAUUUUUCCCUUUUGGUUUUGUGUUCAGUUUGUUGUACAAUGGUGUGGAACUUCGUAGGCAUGCUCUAAUGGUCUACAUACGUGUAAGAAUUAGAGAUAACAAGUAUGCACCUUGAGUCUGAUGAUUCUUGAAUGUUUCA